GGUAACUUGAUACUGCAAAGGCGAUUGCUGUUCAGACUUAGCCGACUUGAUUCAGUUCUGACAACAUGUGAAUGAUGGGUUUUAAAGUUCAAAAUGUAAAUCGCCAGUUUGAAGAAGGUUAUCAUGGGGAACAUUUGGUCACGCCUAUUUCGUCAUCGCGAGGUUCGCAUCGUCUUGGUCGGUCUUGAUGAUGCUGGAAAGACGACAUUAUUGUACAAGUUAAAACUAGGAGAUAUCAGUCACCUUGGCAGUCACAUCAUCCCAACUAUUGGGUUCAAUGUGGAAAGUUUUGCCCACAGGGACCUACAGAUAACAGCCUGGGACAUUGGCAGCCGGGACAAAAUGCGCGCUCUGUUCCGACAUUACUACAAAGGGGCUGAUGCUGUUGUCGUGGUGAUUGACAGCAGUGACAGAGAAAGGCUGGAUGAGCUCAACUUUGAUGUGAUCAAACCUGCCAUCCAAUCAGAAGAGCUGGAGACAGCCACGCUGCUUUUUCUGGCCAAUAAACAGGAUUUGUCCCAGGCUAUGUCUGUUGAGGAAAUCACAGAGAAACUAAACUUGAAAUCCAUCGUACACAACUGGAGUGUGUUCCCAAUAAGUGCCCUGAAGGGUACAGGGGUCAGUGAAGCUUUGGAUUGGUUGGCCUGCCAAUUGGGGUCACUGCAAGCGAAGAAGGCAGUAGUGGCCCCUGUGAGGGAAUCUCCUGUGUUGGAGGCAGCAAGCUCUGAUGAAACAGACAGAACACCUCAGAGGAAGGACUACUGUAACCGGGCAUACACUGCCAUCAAAUGUCUGUUUAAGACCUCACGAACUGAAUCAUAAGAUCACUGAAACAUGUCAGUAGCCAGGUCUGUACACCAGUAGAAAUUUCAUCUACAUGGGUACAUGUAACGUCACACAAAAUCUCAACUACGUUGUAGAACUUUAUUUUUCAUAUGUUUGAUAUUGUACAUAUUUCACAGAUACAGUUUAACUGGAUCAUUCAGUUACAUUUUAUAGCAGACACUUUUAUGUAAGA